CAAAGAAAGGGAAUGAGUCGUCACAACGUGUCCCGCAAGAAUGCGCGGGCUGCCGCUGAGCGAUAUCUGGAUCGGCAAAAUGUGGAUGGGUCACGCCCAAGCCACCCUCUCUACGCGCCAGGGGCUUCGGCAGAGCAUCCCCAUCCCCCUUCGUCCACGGCGGACGAUGCUGCUCUCGACUUCCUGACGGACGCGGUGCCGUCGAUGCGAGAUGACCCGGCCGCCGUGUACGAGGGCAAGGUCAAGGGGCGAGUGAUGCGGCUGGACAACCAGCCCAGCAAGAAGCAGCAGCAGGGAGAGGCCAAGACCAAGCAGAAGCCGCCACGGCGGCUCACCAAGAUGAGCAACAACGAGGCGCGGAGGCGGGGCCUCUACGACUUGCAAGACGGCACACUGAGCUAUGCCGACUGCCUCCCCCUGAAUGAGUUGUGGAGCCAGUACGCCGAGCAGCUGAUGCACGAGCGGCUGCCCAUCACCGAGAGGGGCAGCCGGCUGGCGGCGGCCGACCUGCAUGGCGCAUUUGUGAGAGUGGACAAGGCCAGGGUGCCGAGUUACAUCGGUCUUGACGGCAUUAUCGUGCAGGAGACCGAGCAGACGAUUCGGCUGAUGUGCCAGGACAGCCGCCUUCGCACGGUGGUCAAGGGCCAGGUGGUGCUGAGUGUGGUCGUGCUGGGCGUCAAGUACUUUCUGCAUGGCCCGCAGCUGGCCUACCGGCCUAGUGUCCGCUCCAAAGUCAAAUUCAAGCCGACCACCAAGGGCCUGGGGCUCGGCUGGCUCUGAAUGAAUGGAUGGAUG